CAAAAAAGGCAACGAAAAAUAUCUCCAAUCUCUCUCUCUCUCUCUCUAGGGACUGAACUUUCUAGAGAAAACCAAUUCCGAGCACAACAAUGUCCGCCGCCGCCACAGUCAAAACACUCGAGACCCCAGUAAUGGACUCCUCAUAUUCCACUCUUUUGCAAAACAUAACGGACGAGGGUGGCUACGCCUUCGCUUCCAUGGCUACUCUGGCAGCCGGAGGUGAUACUCGCGCGGCGGAGGUCGCCAAGGAGAUGGCGUGGGAGCAGCUUCAUUCCGGUCCAUGGCACUCUGUGGGCCCCAUCUGGCGUGACGCCUAUGCUAUGGCAUGCCUCCACGUGGCCAGAAACCAUUUCUCCUCCGGUGAAUUUAAGCUUUCUCUCAAAGCACUCGAUAUGGGGCUCAUCAUGGGUGGAUUGACAUUACGAGAUGAUUUGAAUUCAUGUAUUAAGAAAGUUAGCAAUGCUCUUAGAGAAGAAGACUUUAAUUCCAGCACUUACAAUAAUAACAGUUCUGAACAAGGGCAGGAGAAGAGUGAGCUAUUUGGAGAUCAAGAAAUUGUUUCCAGCCAACACUUAAACUUGCCGGAGGUGCUGCAAUUAUUACCUUCGAGGUCAUUAUCUUGUAAGAAAGUUGAGAGAAAGUCCGGUAUAUCAUUGGAAGGAUUCUUGCGAGACCAUUUCCUCUGUGGUACUCCAGUGAUAAUUAGUGAUUGUAUGGUGCAUUGGCCUGCUAAGAAUAAGUGGAAUGAUAUGAACUAUCUUAAAAGGAUUGCAGGUUUUCGCACAGUUCCAGUUGAGGUUGGCAAAAACUAUCUAUGCUCUGAUUGGAAGCAGGAAUUGAUUACUUUUUCUGAGUUUCUUGAGAGGAUUUCUUCCAGUGAAUGCUCUUCUGAAAAUACUACAUAUUUAGCUCAGCACCAAUUAUUUGAUCAGAUACUAGAACUAAGGCAGGAUAUUCUCAUACCUGACUACUGUUUUGCUGGGGAUGGCGAGAUAAGGUCUAUUAACGCUUGGUUUGGUCCAGCUGGGACGGUUACACCAUUGCAUAAUGAUCCGCACCACAAUAUACUUUCUCAGGUGGUUGGCAAAAAGUAUAUUAGACUUUACUCUGCUUCAUUGUCAGAUGACCUUUACCCGCACACAGAAUCCAUGCUUGGCAAUUCCAGCCAGGUUGACCUAGAUAAUAUAGACGAGAAAGAAUUUCCUAAAGUGUUGGAUCUGGAUUUUGUCGACUGCAUAUUAGAGGAAGGCGAAAUGCUUUACAUCCCUCCCAAAUGGUGGCACUAUGUGCGGUCUCUGACUAUGAGCUUUUCAGUUAGCUUUUGGUGGAGCGAAGCUGGUAAUUCGCGAGGGCCCUGACAAACACUCACAUAUUGAUUCAUCCUUUUCUUUCUUUUUCUGGUACUCUUCAGCUUAAAUUGACAAACAUUUAGCCUACAUCUUCAUCCAAAGGAGCCAUUUUGUAGUUUACCAUGAUUUUAUCUGACCGUAUAGCUGGAUUUAGUGAUUGUCCUCUCGUAAGCUGCUAGCAUUUUUGAAUGAAACCUGUGUGUGCACACUUGCCUGCCGAAAUAGAUAAUUUAUUUCAUAGUUAA